CUAUUCGCCAUGUCGCUAACAGCUUCCCAAGUUGACAUUGUCAAAUCGACAGCUCCUGUUCUUAAGAUUCAUGGAGAGACCAUUACAUCCUUGUUCUACAAGAACUUAAUUGGCACCUACCCCGAGCUCCGCAACAUCUUCAACCUCAGUCAUCAACAUGAUGGCGCUCAAGCAAAAGCUCUGGCUGGUGCGGUGCUCGCGUAUGCAACCUAUAUCGACAGGCCCGAAGUUUUAACGUCUACAAUCGAACGCAUUGCCCAGAAACAUGUCAGUCUGAAGGUCACGGAAGACCAAUAUGCUCUUGUUGGCGAGCAGCUUAUCAAAGCCAUCGCAGAAGUACUGGGCGAUGCCCUGACGGAUGAUAUCGCUGAUGCGUGGACGGCUGCCUACGGUCAACUGGCCGGCAUCUUUAUCAACCGCGAGAAGCAAUUGUAUCAAGAGGCCGGCGAGUGGGACGGCUGGAGAAAGUUCAAGAUCGCCAAGCGUGAGAAGGAGGCCGACUUCAUCACAAGCUUCUAUCUGGUUCCAUCGGAUGGCAAGACACCAUUGCCUCUGUUCCGUCCUGGUCAGUAUGUCAGCCUACGAGUCAACGUUCCUGAACUUGGUGGCAUCUUCCAGUGUCGUCAGUACAGCAUGAGUCAGGUACCUCACAGUGACCACUACCGAAUCAGUGUCAAGAAGGAGAGCUUCACUUUGGAAGGAAAGGACGAGCCUUUGCCCGGCACCGUCUCCAAUCUUCUACAUAGCCACUAUCAGGUUGGAGAUGAGCUUGAGAUGACAUAUCCUCGUGGCGAAUUCUGGCUUGACAUUGAAGAUGAUACAAAGGUCAAUGCACCUCUCGUCCUGAUCUCGGCGGGCGUUGGUGUUACACCUUUGUUUUCCAUGCUUGAGUCAGUUUUGAGCUCGUCUCGAUCGAAGAUGGCGAACAGACCUAUCCUUUGGCUGCAUGGAGCUAGAACGUCUCAGCAGAUGGCUUUUCGUAGGCACGUUCGCAGUGUGUCACAGGGCCACAAGAACGUCGAGACCCUUAUCUGGAUCAAGAACGUGGCGCAAAACGAUAAGAAGGGCGAAGAUUACGAUUUCGAGGGACGGUUAGACCUUGAUGUUGUGUAUCAAGCAAAGAAGGAAGAAUUACAAAACGAGCAAGCCCAAUUCUUCAUCUGUGGCCCUGCUUCCUGGAUGGUAGCAACAAGGGAUAAACUACAAAGUUUGGGGGUUGCGCACGAGCAGAUCAACAUGGAGCUUUUCGGAACUGGCAGUGUCAAUCAAGAGUGA